AUGAGGCCUGAUCCUUCUUCAGUCUGUCUAGUAUUCUUUGCAUGCUGUGUAGUAUCUCUUGUUUCUUGUUUCUCCCAUGCAAUUGCAGCAGCAGCUUUUGGUGGUGCUGUCAUCGGCGAUUAUAGAGUGCCCGUGAAUGAUGGACUUACCGUAAGGAAAGAUGGGAGGUGGACGUUAAUGUCGACAGAGUUUGGUAAAAUAUCGGCCGUUAAGAUCAACGAUGGCAAAGAUGGAGGGUGUUACCACAUUCGGUUUAUCACCUUGGAACCUCAAUCGCUUUUUCUUCCUGUUCAACUUUUUUCAGAAAUGGUUUUAUAUGUCAAUGCAGGAAAUGGAACCCUGAGUUGGAUCGACGUUGGUAAAGAUGACCAUGAACUCCAGGAAAUAACGUUGCAGAAGGGUGACAUUUUCAGGCUACAACCCCAAACUGUUUUUUACAUACAAAACACCUUAAAGUCCGAAGACCCCAAGAAGCUUCAGAUUUAUGCAGUCUUUUCAGAUUCAGAAAGCGAAUUACAAAGCAAACAAUUUACCAAGGCAUACGCCGGAGUUCAAGAUCUCGUGCUGGGGUUUGACAACAAAGUCCUUCAAGCAACACUCAAUGUGUCUGGAGAAGUGAUGAAAGAACUAAGAGGAGGAGAAGGGCAAACAUUGAUUGUGCAAGGACAGGCGCCCGAAGCAAACAAUUCCAUGUCGGAAGUUGUUUCUCAUCCCUUUACUAGAGCCUUCCUAGGAAUCAAUCACAACAACGGCCUUUUCGACUUCUUAAACAAAAAGAAGAAAGACAAAAAAAAGGAUAAGAAGAAAAAAGAUAAAAAGAGGGAAGAUAAGAGGUCAAACAAUAUUUUCGAGGCAGAUCAUGAUAUUGAAACUCCUAAUGGUUGGAGUGUAACCCUGAACCAUAAACAGUUAGAUGCAUUCCAAGACUCUGAUUUUGGUGUUUUCAUGGUGAAUAUAACUAAGGGAUCAAUGAUGGCACCACAUUGGAACCCAAAAAGUGUGGAAAUAGCGAUUGUAUUGCAAGGAGAAGGAAUGGUUCAAGUAGUUUGUCCAAUGGUUCCAGAUGAAACACUUUGCAAAAACUCGAGGUUUAAAGUUGAAGAAGGUGAUGUGUUUGUAGUGCCACGGUAUCAUCAGAUGGCUCAAAUGUCCUUCAACAACGACUCUUUCGUUUUCAUGGGGUUCAAGAUGACACCAGAGGACAACCCUACUCUUGAUCAAUUCCUAACAGGAAAGACUUCGGUUCUCCAAACGCUGGAUAAAACAAUGUUGGCUAAGUCUUUCCACAUUAGUAACACGACGCUAAUGGAUGAAGUUUUAUCGGCUGAAAAAGAAUCCAUCCUCAUAGAAUGUGCAUCGUGUGCGGAGGAUGAAGAAAGGUUGAUGGAAGAAGAAAGGGAGGGCGGAUGGAGCGAGUGGCAAAAGAUGGAAGCCGAAAGUGAGUUAGCUAGACGUCAAGAGGCAGAGUUGCUAAAGAGGCUGAAAGAACAAGAGGAAGCCGCGGCUAAGGUAAGAAGACCGGAGGUGGAAAUUGGGACCUAUGUUCGACAAUGUAAGUGCACUUGUAUGUGCAAUGUUUGAUUUGUAGUUUUAACUUCUAUUUGUGUACUUGUACCUUGUUGCUGCUGGCUAAGCUAAGUGAACUCAGUUUUGUCAUCAA